AUGUCGCAGGGUAUUCGGAGCAAGCCCCAGCUAGAAAAGGCGCUGUAUGAAGAGAAGAAGGAAAUUUCUUCGGGCAGGUUGAAGGAGGAGAAUCCUCUCGACACGAGCGUGGAAUUCCGCAAGUUUUGUGAGGCGUGCAGAAGAGGCGACUUGAAAGUGUGUCAGGAGCAGAUUUCGACGGGCAUUAACAUCAACGCCCGGGAUGAGUAUGAUUAUACACCAUUGAUUCUCGCAUCUCUUUGCGGGCAUUAUGAAGUCGCUCAGAUGUUGCUCGAGCAGGGCGCCCUCUGCGAACGAGAUACCUUCCAAGGCGAACGAUGUCUAUACAACGCCCUGAACGAUCGCAUUCGAAAUCUGCUGCUGCAGUACGAUUACUCCAAAUCGACCGAUCCACUCCAACCGUUGGCGGCUCACAUCACAUCUCUUCUCACAAGAGAAGUGCCCAAGACGACGGACAUCACAGUACAUGCUGGAGGGGAGACGUUCGAGCUACACAAGUUCUUGCUGUCUGCGAGGAGUCCAUAUUUUGCGGGAAAGCUGGCUGCUGCACCCGAGACAACAUCAUGGAAGCUAUCAAAUGUCAUCCCGGCACAGUCAUUCGAGACGUGCAUUCGAUAUCUAUACAUGAGCGAGGUGGGAGCCGAUUUGGGGGAUGGCGAAGAAGCAAAAGCGAUAUUGCUGGGCAUCGACAAGCUGAGUCGGCAGUUGGRGAUUCAGCAAGUGUUUGAAGAUUUGCUAGCAUCAGGAGACAGACGACAGGCAAGACAUCGCAGAACGGCCGAAGUGGAACGAGCACGCGAUCAACUCUCAGCAUGGUUUGAGGCGAAUGUCGUAGGAAACAAGAUGCAGGUCGACAGCGACAGAGCUGACGCUGUGAAAUGGGAUCGCGAUAACAGCAUCUUCGCCGAUGUCCUCCUUCGAGCCGACUAUGAAGACGAACAGGAAGAAGACGAGGAAGCACCCAAAACACGCACCACAUCCGGCCCUCUAAAUGGAAUUCCUAUCGGAAACUUCGGCCAGCAAUCCCGCUCUCCCUCCCGAAAACCAUCCUCAAAGAGAUCGGUUCUCUUUCCUUGCCAUCGAGCAAUGCUGCUCCGCUCAGAGGUCUUUGCGACAAUGUUCUCUUCUUCCUUCCGCGAAGCCCAGAAUUCUCCCCACCUCCAAAUCGUCCCUGUAGAUUGCUCACCCGAAGUCCUCGAGAUGAUUCUCACAUUCCUCUAUACUGAAAAGGCGGACUUCCCUCUAUCCAUCGCUCUGGAUGUCCUCACUGCGGCAGACAUGCUCUUUAUCGAGAAAUUAAAACAGCGAGCCGCUUUGCUCAUCUCAACCCUCGGCAAUGGAGGAGCCAGUGUCGUCGAGUCGGAAAAUCCUCGCGGCGAAACAACCGCAGAAGAAGAAGAGACUCUAGAUAUCUAUGAUGUUAUCCGCGCCGGCUGGGACACCCGCGUCCACCGUCUUGAAGAAUUCGGAGCAAGAUACAUCGCCUAUCGUCUAGAACGUUACAUCGAUGCUGAAGAAUUCAAGACUCUAGUACAGGAAAGUGCGGCGAGGAUCCAAGGGCGACAGGAAACCGAUACCGUAGAGUUGGUGGAUGACAUACGCUACUAUUUGAGUGAGAGGUUCCGAUUACGGUUUGAAGAUGCGGGCUUGGAUGAGAUGAUGGAGGAGACCAUUCCCGGUCAGUUCGCACAGUUGGCCACAGGGCAUCAACCUGAAGAUUUAAAGGAAGAAGAGCAGGCAGUGGAGGCAGGAGACGUGCAAGUGGAGAAUUUAGAAGGACAUGGAGUGGUAAGGACACUGGAUGGAGAGAUUGCUGGUGAUGAAUUCGCGCAGGAUGCCAUCAAUUAUCAAAUCUUGUUGGGCAAGAUUGAGACUUUGAUGGAGGGGCUGGGUUUGGAUGGAUAG